AUGGUUAAAGGUAUAAUUAUUGUAAUUAUUAAGAAUAUGUAGUUUUGGUUAUAUGGUGUUUCUACAUUGCAAUUGCCACCGUUUAUUCUAUAGGUAUCAUACUAUCAUUAUUAUAAUCAGUUUAUUUGAGUACUAGCAAAUUUAAUGGGACAAUCGAAUUUCCUUUGCUAGGUUGGACAAUCGAUUUUUUAGAUCCUGAAUGGAGAGUACUUUAUCAAUAUCUAUAGGAAUUGUUAAUUUAUUUGCUCUGUUAUUUCUGUAAAUAUCAUAACUAAUGAAAGUCUUCAGACAUUUAUUUCGGAAAUAAAGAAUGCCAUUUUAUAUUUUUUCAGGAAUCAUAUUUGGAGGUUACUUAAGUAGAUUUGGAUUUGCUAUUAAUCUUAUUUUAAUGUUUGCUAAUUUCAUUUUUGUAAAGUUAUGCAAAUAAUCAGCUAUAUUUCUAAAAAUACAUUGGAUAUUGCAUUUAAUCAUCAUUUAUCUAAUUAAUAUAUUCAAUGGUUUGAAUGAUAUAUGGGGUGAUAGUGGAAAAGAAUUUAAUUAAGCAGCACCUAUUCCUUGGUAACACAUCUAUAUUUGGAAUAUGCUAAGGAUGACAAGUUAUAAUGUUGAAGUAUAAGAAAUUAACUUAGUAGAAUAUCUGGCUUAUCUUCUUUAUCCACCUCUUUACUAUUCAGGACCUUUGAUUUAAUUUAAUGAUUGGUAAAUUCAGAUUAGGAUUAAUUUAACAGUUAUCAAAAAGCAUAAAUAUAUCAUAAGUGGUUUAAUUUUAUUGUCAUUAUAAAUAUUAACAUAAUGUUAUUCAGUAACUAAUCAUAAAGAAAAUGAAUGGCUUUGGGAUUAAUAAAUUACAACACUUUCUGGUGUUUCAUUCUUUGUAACCUCAGCAAUUCAAAUCUAUUUUAGAUUUAUCUUUUUGUGGGCAUUAUAAGAAUGUUGGGCAAGUUAUGAUGAUAUAGAUAUUUAAACAAACAAUCCAAAACAUAUGUUUAUGAUUAAUUCAUCAAAAUCAUUUGAAAAAUACUUUUGUGCUACUUACAAAAAUUUUCUAGAGAAGUAUGUUAAAGAUAUUUUCUCAUAGAAUAUUUAUUUGAAUUUACUACUUAUAUAUAGUAUAACCAUAUUACUUGUUAAUUCAGAUUUUAAAACUAUUUGGUUUUAUAUAACUUUAUUCUUAUUUCACUUAUUUGAAGAUAAAAUUUAAAUUUAAAAUAAAUUAUUCAGCAUUACAAUAAGAUCUAUUUAAUAAUGUAUAAUCUUAUUAGAAAUUAUAAUUAUGUACACAUCAGAUAUAGAUAUUAUAUGGAUCUAUGUAAAACAAAAAAAUUUAUGUAUCAAUUUAAUGAAUAUAAAAAGACUGGAUUCCAUUAAUCUUUGGAACAUGCUUAUUAACAUAGAUAUAUCUUUCAUUAACAAAAUAAAUAUCAUGA